AUGCAUUAUCAUGCCACUCCUGUUGCAAAUAAACAUCUUGCUGAAAUAUUUUUUCUUAAAAAUCAAGCAAUUCAUGAGAAGAAUAUAAAAAAUGCACAUAGUACAUUAGAUCGAUCCGAACCAAUACGUCAAUCUCAUUGUUCACAACGUAUUCGACAAAAACAAAUACGAGAAUAUGAAUUAGCAAGAAUUGAACGUGAAAAUCAACGUCUUCUUGCAAAAAUUGCAAAAAAUGGAUCAUUUAUUGAUAGUCAUAAUCAUUAUAAUAAGCAUACUUUAAAAACAAAAGAUCGAAACUAUGAACAAAUUGAACAUAAGAAUGAUUUUCAAUACCUUCAAAAACGUAUAAAUCAAGUACGAGCAACAUAUCCAGCACGUGAAUAUCAACUCGAUUAUGCUAAACACCAAAUUAUUAAAAAACGAUUGAGCAGAUUUUCAUGA